GCGCGCCGAACAUGGCUGAGAAGCAGAAGCACGACGGGCGGGUGAAGAUCGGCCACUACGUGCUGGGCGACACGCUGGGCGUCGGCACCUUCGGCAAAGUGAAGAUUGGAGAGCAUCAAUUGACAGGCCAUAAAGUGGCAGUUAAAAUUUUAAAUAGACAGAAGAUUCGCAGUUUAGAUGUUGUUGGAAAAAUAAAACGAGAAAUUCAAAAUCUAAAACUCUUUCGUCAUCCUCAUAUUAUCAAACUAUACCAGGUGAUCAGCACUCCAACGGAUUUUUUUAUGGUAAUGGAAUAUGUGUCUGGUGGUGAAUUGUUUGACUACAUCUGUAAACAUGGACGGGUUGAAGAGAUGGAAGCUCGGCGGCUCUUUCAGCAGAUUCUGUCUGCCGUGGAUUACUGUCAUAGGCAUAUGGUUGUUCAUCGAGACCUGAAACCAGAGAAUGUGCUAUUGGACGCACAGAUGAAUGCCAAGAUAGCUGAUUUUGGAUUAUCUAACAUGAUGUCAGAUGGUGAAUUUCUGCGAACUAGCUGCGGAUCCCCAAAUUAUGCAGCACCUGAAGUCAUCUCAGGCAGGCUGUACGCAGGUCCUGAAGUUGAUAUCUGGAGCUGCGGCGUUAUUUUGUAUGCUCUUCUUUGUGGCACCCUCCCAUUUGAUGAUGAGCAUGUGCCUACACUGUUUAAGAAGAUCCGAGGGGGUGUUUUUUACAUCCCAGAAUAUCUCAAUCGUUCUGUUGCCACUCUCCUGAUGCAUAUGCUGCAGGUUGAUCCCCUGAAACGAGCAACUAUCAAAGACAUAAGAGAGCAUGAAUGGUUUAAACAAGAUUUGCCCAGUUACUUAUUUCCUGAAGACCCCUCCUAUGAUGCUAACGUCAUUGAUGAUGAGGCUGUGAAAGAAGUGUGUGAAAAAUUUGAGUGUACAGAAUCAGAAGUAAUGAACAGUUUAUAUAGUGGUGACCCUCAAGACCAGCUUGCAGUGGCUUAUCAUCUUAUCAUUGACAAUCGGAGAAUAAUGAACCAAGCCAGUGAGUUCUACCUCGCCUCUAGUCCCCCUACCGGUUCUUUUAUGGAUGAUAGUACCAUGCAUAUUCCCCCAGGCCUGAAACCUCAUCCAGAAAGGAUGCCACCUCUUAUAGCAGACAGCCCCAAAGCACGAUGUCCACUGGAUGCACUGAAUACAACUAAGCCCAAAUCUUUAGCUGUGAAAAAAGCCAAGUGGCAUCUUGGAAUCCGAAGUCAAAGCAAACCGUAUGACAUUAUGGCUGAAGUUUACCGAGCUAUGAAGCAGCUGGAUUUUGAAUGGAAGGUAGUGAAUGCAUACCAUCUACGUGUAAGAAGAAGAAAUCCAGUGACUGGCAAUUAUGUGAAAAUGAGCUUACAGCUGUACCUGGUUGACAAUAGAAGCUAUCUUUUGGACUUUAAAAGCAUUGAUGAUGAGGUGGUGGAGCAGAGGUCUGGUUCCUCAACGCCUCAGCGAUCCUGUUCUGCUGCUGGCUUACACAGACCACGGUCCAGUUUGGAUUCUGUAACUGCGGAGGGCCAUUCACUCUCUGGCUCUCUCAUGGGCUCCUUGACCGGAAGCACAUCGUCCUCUGUCUCACCUCGCCUGGGCAGUCACACCAUGGAUUUUUUUGAAAUGUGUGCCAGUCUGAUCACUACUUUAGCACGCUGA